AUGGUGGCGAAGUCGCAGUGCACGCGCGCGACCAUCGCGUCAAGGGCGAGCAGGUCGCGCAGCGUGCGCUCGCAGCGCUCCCCGCCGGCCAGCACGGCGGCGCGCGCGCUGCGGUCAAGCGCGGAAGCGGGCGAGCGCUCGCAGCACGCGCGCAGCCGCAGCUCGGCCAGGCGCCGCGCGCGCGCGCCCGCCCCCAGCGCGCACAGCGGUCGCACGUCGCGCCCCGCCAGCGUGCCGGCGCCGCUGCCGCCGCACGCGCCGAGCCGCUCGCGCUCGCACUCGGUGCUCGCGCCCUCCUCCUCCAGGUCGCACGCGCUCAGCCAGGGGUUGAGGCGCGCGAGCGGACUCACGGCCAGGCCCGCGGCCGCCAUCAGCAGCAGCAGCAGCAGCGGCGGCGCUCGCAUGGCGGGGGCGGCGCCGCUAGCGGGGGCCGGCCCGCCGGGCGCGGCGCUGCCUCAUACCGCAUCGCGCAUGGCGACCUACUCGCGCGGCCCGGGCCGCGGGGCCGCCGCGCGGGGUGGGCGCGCCGCCAUGUCGCUCGCUCGCCGCUCGACUGACUCCCCCCGGGCGCGCAUCGAUCGCCCCGCACCCCGCGCCUGCUGCGCGCGCCCCUACGGCCUCCGUCCUCGUUAUGUAACUUGCGCGCGCAACCCCGGCCCCGACCGCCUUCCGCCCCCGAUCUUCACAAGGCUGCCCUCUAGUAUUAAGCCGCCCAAAUUGAGU